UCUAGCUAAGCGCUGGCGCAGUUGGGUCGCGGUCUCCACCACGGCAGCAUUUCGCCUACCGGUCUCUUUACGCACCUAUCUCUCCCUCUCGCUCCCUACCCCCUUAUCGUCCCCUGUCUACCCCGCGACCUCUUCGCACGACCUCUCGUUGUGCACCUCCUCCCUCCCUUUCUACCUAUCGCCCUUUCGCGAACGGUGCAUAUACGACACCGGGUGCAUAACACCCUCUGCGUCCCUCCGCUAGCCUGUGGGUGAAGGUGUUCGCGGUGCGGCGCGUUAGUGUAAGUGCAGCAUGAUGAAUGAACGGCAUUUUAGAGGGACGGAAGUGCCGCGCGGUCCCACCUAGCCCUUUUCGCAACGAUCGUACGUCACCGGCGACAUAGGAUCUCCGCGAAGAUGCGCCUCGCGCGAGAGCUGCAGUCGCCCACGUGGAAGUACGGACCAGCUGCGCUGGAAGGAUUUAGUGAAGCGCCGGUUCUCUCACUGUGAUUACGCGGGUCUUGUCGCUCGGUCGUUCAUUCAUGACAGCUGAUAAGACCGUAAGGGUGUGUGCCGACUUCAUGAGAAGACAGAUUGGUGAAAUGUUUUCCCUUCGUAACGGACGAUGCAGUUGGUGAAAUGAUGAAUAAGUGUGUCGAGCAAUUUUCUCAAGAUUAGACGCGAAAACGCAAAUUGAAUUGAGACUGCUAGUUAAAUCGCGAUUCAUUAUAGUGAUGAUGAGUAAUUUCUGUGUUUCGCUGAAUGCACGCGCAAUUUCUUCGACGCGCAGGAAGAAGGAAAACAAUGAAUUGUCAAAAAAGCAAGCACGUGACUACUACAAAGUGGUCGAUAUCUCGUGAAUAUUUCGUCGAAAAUGCUGCGCGUAUGUAUAAAUCGCUAUUCUGAAAGUUCUGCCAUAUUCGUAAGGUAUUUUGUGUUCUCAGGUAAUUUGAUCAUCCUCCGAAAGAAUCUUUCUCACGUGAGUUCUUGAAAUCUAUUAAUAUCACAACUUUUAUAUCAUAAUAUUUAAUAUAUAUAAUAUUAAUAUCUUAUAAUUGUUUCAUAAUAUAUAAAUAAUUACAAGCUCGUACGUUUAAAAGCAAAAUAUGACAGUAUGAUGUAGUUUGGAUAAACAUUUUAAAUAUUCAUCAUUAAAUAUCUUCCUUCAGCUUCUUAUUAUCCGCUAUCGUUCAAAUAAAUUGAUUUAAUAUUAUAUUAUCAAUAUUAAAGCAAAACGAUUACAUUGCUAUUUCUUUAAUGCUUGACAACGUAGCUCAAUAGUCUUUGGUUAAACUAUCUAUUCAUUCAUUAUAUUCAUCAACAUUGCAGCAAAAUAUCAUUUUAUAGCAAUAUCUACCUCGUAUGCGGAUACGGACGCAUUCACCAAAAUCCAAUGACAAGUGAAAUUAAUAUCCCUAGCUGUGUUGUGUGCAUACCGAAUUAGUUCUGUCGAUUAUGAUUUGCUGGCCAGUAACACCCGAUCGGGUAAUAGAUGCGUGAAUUCAAUUGAAACCAUAUCACGUUCGUUUUCAAUCGAGCAUUCUGCAGCGCGUCACUUAAUGUAAACUUAUCGAGAGAUCGACAUAUGUCGCGCAUUUGGUCCCCAUAUUGUUGAUCUCGUUGCUCGUGUGAUUCACACAAAUGCAAAUAGGACGUACACUUUUCAACAGCGAAUAGAAACGUCACGUGUAGCGCGAUUAAACACUCGUCUCUCUUUUUGCCGUCGGUGCUUGAAAUUGUAAUCGCGCCAGAAAUAAUUACUUUCCUGAGUAAUUACGUACACACGCGUAUGACGGCCUGUUGCAUAAUUCGGGAAAGUAUCAAGUGUGUACCGCUGUAUAUAAUAUGAGAUAUUAACCUGACUACCAUAGUGAUGUGAUUUGCUAGUAUUAAUUUCUAUGUUAAUUUAAUAUUUUAAAAAAUCUCUUUUACGUACAUGGCUUUUUAAGUACUCAAAGAAAUUGUGAACUGUGUAAAAUUUUUGUUUUGUCGUCAAUCAUACGAUAAAUUUAUCGUUAUCGAUAGUUUUGAUUAAAACCCGAGGAAAGAGCAGUUUUAAUUCGAUUUAUAGCUUGGUUUGCAAAUAUAAUACAAAAGUGCACGAUAUUUUACUGACGGAAAUAACGCGACCAAGUGGCAAGUGUUGCAACUGUCAGUGAGCGAAGCGAAUUCCUUUUUAUUGCCAACUAGGAAAGCACGUCGCCUUCGGCAGACUAUUGCAGCUUUGAAGAAGAGGUUGACGUGAAAUGUAUCGGAAACGAUGGACUGUGAAAGCACUGGGAAUGGAUUUACAAUAUAGUGGCAAUGGGACCGGUUGGUGCAAACCUUUCAAAAUGAUCUGCAUUUUCAUCCUCUUCAUGCUGUUGCACGCAUUAAUGAGGAUUUAUCACUUUCAUUGGCAAAUUAUUAAAUACAACAAAUAAUUUAUCCAGCUUGGGACACAUAUACGAGAGGUGAUACUGCUACCGCUUUUUAAAUACUUCUUGUUUUUCCAGAGAGCAUCGCGUAUGAAUCACGCGUUUUCAUGGCGGACACCUUUCAAGAACAUACAACACCGGAAAUUGAUCCAUACUUUGACACCGCAGUGCCGUCCAAUGUCACUGGCUUGGCUGGAGAAACUGUUCAACUGGCGUGCAGAGUGAAGAAUCUCGGAAACAGAACGGUUUCAUGGGUAAGGCAUCGUGACAUUCACUUGCUGACAGUUGGCAGCUACACUUAUACGAGUGAUCAACGUUUUGAGGCGAUGCACAAACGCUAUACGGAAGAAUGGAUCCUUAGAAUAAGAUACCCGCAACAAAAGGAUUCUGGUAUAUACGAGUGCCAAAUAUCUACGACUCCACCCAUCGGUCAUCCUGUUCGUCUGACUAUAGUUGAACCCGUGACGGAAAUAGCCGGCGGUCCCGACUUGUACAUCAACAAGGACAGUACGAUAAAUUUAACGUGCUACGUGAAACACGCGCCCGAACCACCGUCGACGAUAAUUUGGAGCCACAACCACCAGGCGAUUAACUUCGACUCGCCAAGGGGUGGCAUCAGCCUGGUAACGGAAAAGGGACCCGUGACUUCGAGCCGUUUACUCAUUCAGAAGGCGAUCGAGAGAGACUCCGGCCUUUACACGUGCUCACCCAAUAACACUCAUCCUAACAGCGUACGGGUCCACAUAGUCAAUGAAGAACACCCAGCGGCAAUGCAUCACGGUAGAGGCGACAGAAUGGCCGCGACGCUGCUUCCGGUCGUCCUACUUCUUCGGAUGAUAUUCUAGCCGACGUUAUGCACUCCGGGUUGAAUGCGCGCGAACUUAAGCACGGUCGCCUAACUCCCACGCGAAACCAUCGAGCGAAGGUUCUGUUUCGCGGUUUUGUCUCUGGGGGAUUCAACUCGCUGCGACGCAUUCGACACGUUUCGCCUCGCGAAAGUAACGAAAUCUCAUCGUAGAUUUGUGUACGACGUCGCGUGUCUCCCAUUACGUCGUUAGAGCAUUACACUGAUUGGAACGCAUCCAAUCUUGUCACAUUGUCGCCUGGGAAACGUGAAUUAAAAUAAAUAUUAUUAGGCUAGAUCUAUCAGUGCAAAUGAUUGGGUUGCGAAUAACGAAUGUACGUUUAGUUCCAUGUUAAUACGUGGUUAAAGAACAAAAAUUUAGCUUAAUGGCCAAAAAGUUUGAUACAAAUUAAAAAUAUUUUUUAUUAGAAAAUGUUAAAUUAUUCAACGAGAUAUUUCUUAAUUGUCGAUUCUGCUACUGUAAUGGACAAGCGGAAACUUGUAAUAAUUUUUAACAGGAUUAGUCGGACGAACUCGCUGAAUGAACUUUCGCGACACUUUCAAGGCCGUUGUCAUUUUGCGAAAAAGAACAACGUCUGGGUUCUUGCCCCACUACGGAAACAAGUACGAACUCUUUUUCUGUUUUAGCAAAGAGAGUCGCAAGUCCGUCGUCUGGAAUCUUUGCUUACUUCCCGAAAUAAGAACCGUUUGUGAGGAAGGAACAUUUUCACAUAUUCCAUACUAAUAUAGCAUAUGACCUAAAAAUGAACAUAUUUCUGAAUUUUGAUAUUUAUUUCUAAAUUUUUAUCUUUAUCGCUUUCUAUAAUUUUAUCUUAAGUAAAAAAGGAAAUAUUUCCUCGUAUAAUGUUUGAAGAAUUCGUAAAGAAAGAAUUCCUUUAUCUAUUUCUUGAAAUUCUCGGUAAACAAGAAAUCAAUAUUUUACCUUAUACAAUACUAUUUUAACCUGACUAUCCUCACUUUUAAUGAAGUUGAUUGUCAUCUAUUAUUUUCAUUAGAAAGUCUUGAACAUGAACAUCGCGUAUUUAUUACUGUAGUUAUUUAAUUAUUGAUUGCGCUCGGUAGACCGAACGUUCACUAUAUUCGUUGCGAAUCUGCAAUAUCUCGAUUGUGACUAAUUUUAGGUAUAUAUUCCGAUGUAAUUUUAUUAUCGAAUUAUUGAUUGCCGCACCGGAGACAAAUCAAAGGCUCAUAAAAACUAAUGAAUUUUAUGAAUUGCAAAUAUAUUUGAGGGAAGAAAUUGCAACAAUAGGUAUGUCACAGAGGUCUUCCAAAAUUUUAUGAUAUUUUUUUCAAUUGGAUGUAAAUUGGAUAAAACCCUGACCAGUUAAUACUGAUGCGUCAAUGUCAAUAAUGUGUUGAUAUGAUUAUUUUAAUAAGGGAAAUGCAAUCAAAAAAGAUAAAUAGUUUGCAUGAAUAACGGAUGUUCAAAUAUUUAUAAAAUUGAAUUGAGUGCUUUCAUUUGCUUUGAUCCUUUUUUAACUAAGACUUUAACUUUAAAUCUAAUUAAUGUUCCAUUUCUAUAAAAAUUUAAAUACAGCAUCAACAACUAUAAAUUUAUGAUUCUGGAAAACGUUAAACAUAUUAAAAUAAUGUUAAAACAUAAGAAGGAUGCUGUAUUAAAACCUAUUAUAUUUUGAAAAUUAAAAAAAAGGUAAAUCUUGAAAUAAAAGAAAAUGAUCAGACAUAUCGGAUUAUAUGUAUUGGAUAUGGCAAAUACAUUUGAAUAUAAAAACAUACGUAUCAUACACAUUAGACGAUAAAAUCCGCUCAACUUUGGAAGUAAGGAUAGACGAACUGACGGUCUGCGAAGCGUAUAGAAUCUUAGAAACUUGGAAACUUGCGCGCGAGAAACCAAUGACUUUCAUACAAAUACGCAAAUAUAACGGAGCUUUUCCGGGUUCGUGGUGGCGCGACGUAUCUACAAAAAGAAAGCAGGUUUAUUCGCCGAACUUAUAAUGGCCUGACUUCGAAGCGGAUUUUAUCCUCGUUACGGUUACCGGUAAAAACGUAUUGUUUGAAAGUGCAUUAGCUCUCGGGGAUUCAAACACGUUGCGCAACCCGGGACGAUCCCGAGAUUGUUUCGUUUUCCGCCGCAAAAGGGGACUGGCAUUAUGCCUCUGCAGUGAGCUUGGCAGAAUUGUUACGUCGAAAAUUUACCUCGCUUUUUCAGGACCACUCACGAUAACAUAAAACGACUUCGAGUUUCUCAAUCUCGAUUUCUCAGUGAUAUCCUUGUUAUUAGCGCCCAAGAUCGAAUGUUCUAUCAAUGGGACCAUAUAAUCGGAACGCGUUGGUCCAAUCGCGAAGAAUUCGUGUUAGCAAUUGAAGCCAACGUGUACACGUAAGAAACGGUCCUAUAGUUGCUGUAUAUAUUACAUUAGAAACGUGAUCCUGAGAAUAUAUUUCGGUGCCAGUCUUUCAAUUAGCUUAUAACGACGCCGAAAUUCGUUGUACUGUGUGGACAUCGUAUAAUGCAUACGGGACAUGUUUUUAUAGACGUCAGUACAUGUACGCGGUUAGCAAGGAGGAGAUCAAUUCGUAAAUUUAUUGUUAAAUUUUUAAUAUGUUAUAUUAAAAAUUCUAGUCUUUUAUCUUCUCGAUCGCCUACUACCUACGAAUUGUUUUUACAAAUUUGGUACAUGUUACUACAUGGAAAAUUUAAAUAAUAAUUUCUCGAAAAUCAAUGACAGAAGUUUUUUACCACGUACUAGUGUGGAAGGGAUAUAAUAUAACAUAUUAAAAAUUUAAUUUGCGCGUCAAAUGUUGCUCCUCUCCUUGUAAGCAAACGGAGAAAACGAUUGAAAGGGAGUGUAGUUUAAGUGUUACUUGUCAUUCUCUAUAGAUACCUUUUUCAAAGGCCUGUACAUUUUCGCCGAAUUAGUGUUGCGAACUGUGUUUGGGAAACUUUAUUUGCCAUUGUACGCAUUUAAUAAAAGAACAAAAAAAA